AUGUGGCCCAAUCUGGAUGUCACCCUAUCAAUUCCGCUAAUUUUCUUUGCCUUUCUCGGCGUUUCUGCGGACUCACCGCACCUGAUGGCGUUGACGAAAAACGUCGGUCCGUCGGAUGUGGACUCGGCGCCACGGCGGUUGAUCCCGUUCGCUGAUCAGCUAAGCGACGAUCCAAUUCGACGGGUGGAGGGCUCCUUUUUCCCAUUUAAUUCCGAUGACGAGGAUUUCGAGGCAAGCGGCGAUGAUCAAGUGGAAAAACUCGAGAGAAAGCACUUCGACAUUUUCAACACAAUCACCGUUGCACCAGUUCGCUCAACCACUCCGCCAUCGCAUCACCUGCCGUCUCGUCUCCGCGAAACGCAUCGCCCGCCGGAGGACGCGGAUUUCGAGCGAAACUCUCGCGAUUUCGAGGAUCCUUUAGAGAAAUCGUCGCCAAUUUGCAAUUCCCUCGGCGGCUUUUCUCUCAUUUUCUUUGCGCUUUUCGUUUUUCUCAACGUU